GGCACUCACUCUCGUUCUCCCCCCCCCCAAGUGAUUAUAGGUUUAAUGUGGAAUUCCAAUCUCUGAUUAGUUAAUUUACUGGUCAAUAUAAAGUAAUAGAUAAAUAGGAACGACAUAAGUCCAUAGAAACGAAAAAUGGAAAGAAUAUGACAACUGUAAACUACUGUCUACUUAGCGCAGGUUGCCCUAAGAAAGUAUUUGUUGCAACAAAGCAACAUUUUUACAUUUAUGUUUUAUUCAGAGAUGGUUUUUAGACUAGGUAAAUCAUGAAUAUGUACAUUUUGAGAAAUACCCUAAAUCCUGAAAAAAAUUAAUAAAUUGCACUGCAGUAAAGUCCUCUAUGCUAAAACAUUCAUGCCUCUAUGCCCUGCGUUACCUCCCGUGACUGUAAAAAAAAGAAAGAGCCUUCCUUGAGAUAUAAGUUCAAGGAAGGCUGUUGCAUUUGCCGAUUCGUUAAUGAAUUAAUGCGUUUAGUUGUUCUGAACAUGGAAGCAUUCCUAUGUGGCGUUUUUGGCCCUGGUAAUGUAAUUUUCAUAGACAGUAUAUGGUAAUUUUAGCCUGACGGCCUGUCAGGCGCUACUCCGGGUAAACUCACAUGUCGUUUUACGCAUGCGCAUUGUGCGCUGAACCGUUCGAAGGCAGUAGCGCGAAAAAGUAGCUCGACUGUUAACUUGUCUAACAGCUAGCGUUAGCUAGCUAGUUUGCGAUUUUAUUUGCAAAGAUGCGUAGCUACUACAUUUGUGUCUUAACGUUAUAUAACUUGUUUUAGGUCUUAAUGUGUACAACAAGAACGCUUCUGCUUAUUGUUGCUUCACUAGUGUUGUCUUAUUUAGCUACGUUAGUUUAACGUGAGCCACAACUUUAGCUACGUUAAAACAUUGGGUUACAUUAGCUACUUUAUUGUUAACUAAGACGUUAGCAGAUAUGAAGCCAGCAAGAGGUUCUAACCGGGCCGCAUCGAAAGAACCUAACUUGAAAAACAAGAAAAAAAGAGAUGAGACGACGGAACAACAAGCGGCAGAGCAUCAGGAGCCAGCGCCCACUGAAAAAAAACAUGGCAAGAUCUCCCACCCAAAACCAGCACAGAAGAGGAAAGCUGAAGGCUCAUCUUCGGUCCCAAGCAAAGUCAAAGGUGAGGACAAGUGGAAGCUGAUGCCACGUUCCUCAAUCACUGCUCUGGAGAACAUAAUGGACUUGUCAAUACUAGCAACUCUUGCUUUGAGACCGAAAGAGAAGAAAGAGAGCCAGGAACAUCUGAACAUAAUGAAAACCAGGUUUCUUGCUCAAUGUGCAGCGCUCAAAGUUCCCGUGCAGAAACAAAAUGAUUUGGCGCAAUCAUCUCAGCGCCGCCAGGAGGAGGCCAAGAAGUCCGUGGUUGGAAAGACGACUCUGAGCACUCUGGAGGAAGACUUGAGGGCUGUGGUCCGUGCUCUGGAGAAAACCGAUGAGCACACUGUCUCUUUACAGCACGCAUCCAGCAUGCUGAGAGACCAGGUGGAGGAGGAGGACGAGAAAGCUAAAGAGGUCUUACAGAUAGCUGAACAAGCAGAUCUCAACCUCCCCCCUCUACCUCCACAAAAAGAUGAAACAACAUUAGAGGCUCGAUUGAGAAAAAUUAUACCAGACAGUGACUCUGAGACCGCUGCCCGGAAACUGGGAGAAAUCCUGCAGCAACCAGAGGCCAUUCAGGAUGCCCAGGCGCUGCUGCUACAGGCACACAGACACGCCGAUCAGCUCUUCAACCCGAUCAGUGGUGCACCUUGUUCAGACGGGUACCUCACCAAAUCUCUGCUUACAUAAGUCUUUUUUAUUUUUAAAGGAACACUUAAAGAAGUUUGCAAGUGUGCACACAUUUUUUGGAGCUUUGGUGUACAGGAAAAUAUUACUGCAAUAACCUGCGAUACCCAUUUAGUGAAAACAAUUGCAGCCACUAUGUGAAGUAUUAGAAAAUGUCCAAAUUUGGCGGCAACAAUGGUAGCAAAAAAAAGAAAAAGAGAGACACUGGGGCAGACUGCAAUCGUGGCUCUUCAAAACUGAACUUGUUUUGGUGGAUUAUUGCACCCUGCAAAAUAAAACGCCCCACACAAUAUUAAAUGAAGUUAACUGUUCACACAAUACAGAAACGUGAGCUAUUUAAAUUAGCUGGAGACAUGGUUAAACGUCAUUUGCUCUAUCGCCGUGUGCAUUUUGUCCAUAGCAGAUCCCAGCCAAUCGGUCCCAAAUGGUCCCAGUUAGAGAGUAAAUUCCGUAAACAUAUUCUUUUGUAACUCUUUACAAUCAUUCCCCCGAAAGAACAAAGCAGGGCUGCCUUGUUGCACGAUCCCUUUUUCCCCCCAAAAUGGGCCAUUUUCAGCAUGUAACGUUGCUCUGGUUCCGGUUAAUGGUUAAAGGUUUCCUCGAUACAACCGGAGUUUAAAGUAAACCCAAAGAAAGCGGGAAGCGAGGGACAUCCGGCGAACUACCGGCAGCGUCGGAACGAUUUUGUAAAUGAGCCGUCGUCGAUAUAGACUAUAUACACCCUAACCAUUCGGCUACCAGUGAGCCUUUUUCAACAGUGUGCUGCCCUCAGUAUUUUAAAGCAUUCUAUUUUAGAUGUAAAUUAUAAUUAAAUUGACUGUUGCACAGUGUGGAUGCAUUUGUUGUUGUUUUUUUGUUAGAAAGUUAAGAUAUCCGACUUCUCUGUCGUCAUUUGAGCCUAAAUACCAGAACACAAACCACAUUAAAGAAAUACUAUACUUGCAAAUAAAGAAUAAAGGUUUGUAAAACAAUGA